CUUUCAAGUGGACUAUAAAUGAGAGCUUUUCUGAUGAGAGAUAUUAUCACUCUGCAUGAUUCUCUCAAGAUUGAUCUCACAAACACAGCAGCAUUUUACCUUUCUUAAUUAAACCAUCCUUCUGUUACUUAUGCUCUACAGAUCUCUGAUCUCAAGGCAGUCAGGCUUGCACUGAUCAGGCCUGUGCUCACAUACACAUCCUGGCUGCUUUAUUUAUGGAGUAACAGAGUGAAAUAAAGAGAAGAAAGAACAGGAAGCAAAGGAGGAUUGACAGAACACGCUGUGAAUAUUUUAUUUCAGAAGACUGUAUUUGGGCUUUCAAAGGCUACCUGGUGUGUGACUUGAAUUAGACAUCAUGCAUUGCUGUGGAGAGAUGGUGAGAUCAGAUCAGUCGCUAUCUGUUAGGGUGAUGUGAGCUUAUAUUGAGGUGUCUAGUAACCUAAAGUGGGUGUGGCCUAAACCACUGUUCCCUCAGAAACGCUGGAAAAAUCUGGGGACCCAGAGGUGAAAUGCUAGCACUGUCUGUGAAUUCUGACUCUGGCAGUUUCUCAUGAGUUCCUCGUGUGCACUGACCUGUUUAUUUAUUUGUUUGUUUAUUUUUAUUAAUCAUGCUUGUACAGUAAUCAUUUUUGUUUGUACCUGACUGUGAUAUUUUCUAACCAAUUCUAACCAAUAGUUGAUCGUACAUCCCAACAUAUAAACAAAUUGGUAGCCUAAUUUAUACCACUGUGGCCCUGACCAGGCAGUUACUAAGGAUAUGUAGAGCAGUGCCUUCAUUUUUCUUUCUUUGUCCCAUAAGAUGAUUAUUUAUCUCACUACUUUUUUGCUUAUGCAGCUUUUUUGUUGCAUCCUGCAGGAUCCCAAUCCCAGUGCACAUCUUUAGUCUAAACCAGAUGCCCCAAGAACCUUUCUGUGUAUCGCCAUGCCGCUGGUAAAGAGGAGCAUUGAGCCCAGGCACCUGUGCAGGGGAGCUCUCCCUGACCGAGUCUCCAGUGAGCUUGAGUGUGUCACCAACAGCACUCUAGCAGCCGUCAUCAAGCAGCUUGGUAGCCUCAGUCGCCAUGCAGAAGACGUCUUCGGAGAGCUGUUUAAAGAAGCGAACAGUUUCUGCUUGCGCAUGAGUCACCUGCAGGAGCGCGUGGACCUGCUGGCUGUUAAAGUCACCCAGCUGGACUCCACCGUGGAAGAAGUCUCACUGCAGGACAUCAACAUGAGGAAGGCGUUUAAGAGCUCCACCAUUCAGGAUCAGCAGGUGGUGUCCCGCGCCUCCAUCCCCAACCCUGUUAUGGAGAUUUAUCAGUGUGGAGACAAGCCUCCACCACUCAAUAUCCUCACUCCAUACAGAGAUGAUAAGAAGGAUGCUCUGAAGUUUUACACAGACCCAUCAUACUUCUUCAAUCUCUGGAAGGAGAAAAUGCUGCAAGCCACAGAGGACAAGAGGAAAGAGAAGAGACGCCAGAAGACGAGCGGUCCGGCCCAGGCUCACUCGGCCCAGUCUAAGUCCCUGUCCAGGCAGACCGCUCCCAGAAGCCCCCUCUUCUGCUCUGAGCAGCAGAAGCAGGUGGAGGAACCAGGUCGUGAGGUGAAGAAGGUUCGGAAAGCUCGGAACCGCAGGCAGGAAUGGAACGUGCUGGCUUAUGAUAAAGAAUUUCGCCCCGAUGCCCGCUUUACACCCUCCCCAUACCACGGCAUGUCGUCAGAGGGCUCACUAUCACCUGACAACAGGUCAGUGUUAUCAGAUGUGGGUGAGCACUCGUACCCUGGCAGCCCAAACCGGCCUGCACAACACACACCACCAUGCAGCGCUCACUCCACCACAGACGGUAAAGAGCUCAUCCUCACUCCUUCCCAGACCCAGUCACUGCAGCGAGGCUACCGGCCCACUGGCCCCCUGUCCACUCCGGCUGGGAGAGACACGCUGGGUAGAAUCCAGCCCUCACACACAACCCCACCCACUGACCCCACCGUCAACGGCCCUCGCCCAGUUCAGGCUAAAGACUACAGCAUUCAACAAUCCCAGCACUCUGAGUUCUUCAUCCCUCCUGCUCCUCCUCCUCCACCUCCUCCUCUCAUCCCCUCAGCUCAGACAGCCUUUGACAGCCCGACUGCUCCUUCUUCCUCCUCCUCUUCCUCCUCCCUUCCCGCCAGCACCAUGGCCUCCCUGUCCCGCCCCUACGGCACUUCUCCUCCCGCAGCUCCUCCGCCACCUCCAGCCGGACCCCCGGCACACGCACACCCACUCACACACAGCCUGCCACCAGCCCUUGCUGAGACUGCGGCCCCCAGGAAGGCUCAGGUGCCCCUGGUCCCCAUGAGUGACGCCAGGAGUGACCUGCUAGCUGCCAUACGCCGAGGAAUCCAGUUAAGAAAAGUGCAGGAGCAGAGGGAGCUGGAGGCUAAGAAGGAGCCUGUAGGCAAUGAUGUAGCCACAAUUCUGUCACGCCGCAUCGCUGUAGAGUACAGCGAAUCCGACGAGGACUCUGAGCUGGACGAAAACGAGUGGUCUGAUUGAAGAAGAGAGUAGGAUCCGAGACGAGAAGACCGCAUAAGGCAAACAGAGACGAGAUGUUCAGGCGAGCACAAGUAAUUCUGCUGAGGGCUACUUUUCUAAAAGCCUGACUGAAGCCCCGAUUCUGUGUCCUCAAAGACCCGAGGCUGGAGAAACUGAUAGCUGUACAGGUUUCGCAUGUUUAUAGGUUUAUAACUUGCAGUUUAAAAGUUUAUUUCAUAUCUGAGGGCAAGGUGUUCCGAGAGUUGGCGAGACACAGGGCUGUAAGCACAAAAUUGCAUAAAUGAAAUGAAGUUUUUAAAAUCUGUUGGCUCACAAGCCAGAUAUGGCUGUUUUGUGGAAUCCUUAUUAAUAUCAGACAACAAAACAAGCUGAAGACAUUAAAAAUCUUAUACAAUUUUAAAUAGUUUCAACAUGACUUUAAGUAAAUAGGUCUAACAAUAUGGUUAAAAACAUUUCUAUCAUCAAAUACUUAGAGUAGCAUUUACUCAUGUUAAGGUUAAGGCUUAACUUCAUCUCCGUAGUCUCUAAAUUCUAUUGGACAGUAUUGCUGAGUUUGGGUUACUUCCAGUUCAAAUAGUUAAAGCAAUACAAAGACUACAAUAGCUAACGUUACACUGUAAAAUUGGAUAAGUUCAUUUAAC